AUGAGAUACACCUCCACGCCAGGUUAGAUGAGAUACACCUCCACGCCAGGUUAGAUGAGAUACACCUCCACGCCAGGUUAGAUGAGAUACACCUCCACGCCAGGUUAGAUGAGAUACACCUCCACGCCAGGUUAGAUGAGAUACACCUCCACGCCAGGUUAGAUGAGAUACACCUCCACGCCAGGUUAGAUGAGAUACACCUCCACGCCAGGUUAGAUGAGAUACACCUCCAACCAGGUUAGUUGAGAUACACCUCCACGCCAGGUUAGAAGAGAUACACCUCCACGCCAGGUUAGAUGAGAUACACCUCCACGCCAGGUUAGAUGAGAUACACCUCCACGCCAGGUUUGAUGAGAUACACCUCCACGCCAGGUUAGAUGAGAUACACCUCCACGCCAGGUUUGAUGAGAUACACCUCCACGCCAGGUUAGAUGAGAUACACCUCCACGCCAGGUUAGAUAAGAUACACCUCCACGCCAGGUUAGAUGAGAUACACCUCCACGCCAGGUUAGAUGAGAUACACCUCCACGCCAGGUUAGAUGAGAUACACCUCCACGCCAGGUUUGAUGAGAUACACAUCCACGCCAGGUUAGAUGAGAUACACCUCCACGCCAGGUUAGAUGAGAUACACCUCCACGCCAGGUUAGAUGAGAUACAGGUCAGAGGAGUGUUCUUGCUACCAAUUGUUAACCUGAAUUUGACUUAUAGGUGGUUUGGACAAUAGGAUAGUUUACCUCUGAAGUCACAGAGGGUGUGGCUUUCUAGGUACUAGCUGGUGAUGUGAUAAAGAAGGAUGUAACCAUCAGUUUGUUGAGAACAGCUCUUCACCAGACACGACAGGAACUGGACAUAGUUGUAAGGAUACUCUAUAUAUCCCCUUCAUGCAGAGAAAAGUGUCACUGGAGUCUCUGUUCAAACCUGCUAGUGACGGCCAUCUUCUUCUUGUGACAGACAUGUCAUAUGUCAGACUUUGAGAAAAAAAACGCACAGCGGCUUGGGCCAAGACGCACGUCACGCAAGAAGCAAGAGAGCCAUAGUGCAACUCAUGACCACACCAAUACAUGUUUGAACGUCACUUUGUUUUAUUCUUGAUCUGUAAUAGAAUGUCUUAAAUGUGUUGUAUGACAUGCCAUGUUGUGCCAAGGACUACUUUGGAUUGUUUUGAAACAGCAACCACAACAAACUUAUCAACAUUGAUUGAAAAUUGCAUUUAUUGAUUUAGGAAGUCAAUAUACAAGGGGAUAAGAAAUUGACAAUAUAUAACAAAAAAAAUAACAGGUUAUAAAAGUAGCAUAAUAAGUGCUUAUAACUUACUUCAGUUCUUCUCUUGUUUUUGCUUCUCCUUUACAUUUAAAAAUACCCUUUAAAAGAUGAACUCCGCAGAAAUCGCUCCACCACUUCCUGGUUGCUAAAAUUCUAAUUUCAGUUUGUGACAAAACAAGCAAGUAUAGUGUAGAGAAUCAUUGUACCAUCUAAAGCGCUGUGAAAUAUAUUUUCCAUAACCAAAAAUAUUGUAUUUUCAACUGAGCUGUUUGAAGCUGGUGUACAAAAUCGAAAGUUAAAGAUGCAAAAACAAGUAUAGAAAUGGAGCACAUAGAACAGAUCUACCGCUUCUUAGACCUGCUUUCAAUGAAAAUGACAGCUCUGUAACUCAUAUUUCUAUGUGGAUUUGGUCAGGAGUUUCAUAUUGCAGCUUUAAAAACAUUUCCUACAAUUUUCUACUUACAGUUCUUUUGAUAUAUUUCUACUGAAUUUCAUUUUUAUAUAUAUAUAAAAAACAGAGCGAGGUGUAAAAAAAAAAACUGUAGACCUGCAGCUUCUACCCGAGGGAUCCCAGAGGGUGCAGUGUAUAUAUUGUUGGUGACAGUCCACUCAUCUAGUGUCUGAAUCAGUCCCUGAGUUAGUGGGAAAGUAUAAGGACCAGAUUUAAACCCCUCUGCUCUAGGGGUCUCAGGACAAUAUUUGUGGCUCACAUAGCCUGGGAGGUGGGUCUUGGGGGAUGGGAAAGACUAGCCUCUUCCUGAGUGAGUAUGCAGGCUGGGGCAUCUGCUUCCUAGUUCCAAGGUUGUUACUCAUUCUGCUGACAUCAUCGUUCACCUUGGUCAGGAUGGACAGGAAGUCAUACCCACUGGACAGAGAGAAAGAACAAUGAAAGGAAAUUCAAUCUGAUAAUGAUUUACCAACCAUUACGCUGACAUCUAUGUCAUAGUCCACUGUUUACUGACGCUUUCAAAGAGGAUGUCAGAAUCUGACACAAUGUAAAGAAACCAAGCACAUCUGAACACUAACCUGGGAACCAAGUUGAUGAGGUUCUGGCACUAACCUGGGAACCAAGUUGAUGAGGUUCUGGCACUAACCUGGGAACCAAGUUGAUGAGGUUCUUGCACUAACCUGGGAACCAAGUUGAUGAGGUUCUGGCACUAACCUGGGAACCAAGUUGAUGAGGUUCUGGCACUAACCUGGGAACCAAGUUGAUGAGGUUCUGGCACUAACCUGGGAACCAAGUUGAUGAGGUUCUGGCACUAACCUGGGAACCAAGUUGAUGAGGUUCUGGCACUAACCUGGGAACCAAGUUGAUGACGUUCUUGCACUAACCUGGGAACCAAGUUGAUGAGGUUCUGGCACUAACCUGGGAACCAAGUUGAUGACAUUCUGGCACUAACCUGGGAACCAAGUUGAAACCGGGAACCAAGUUGAUGAGGUUCUGGCACUAACCUGGGAACCAAGUUGAUGAGGUUCUGGCACUAACCUGGGAACCAAGUUGUGGUCCUCUGUAGCUCAGCUGGUAGAGCACGGCGCUUGUAACGCCAAGGUAGUGGGUUCGAUCCCCGGGACCACCCAUACACAAAAAAAAAAAAUGUAUGCACGCAUGACUGUAAGUCGCUUUGGAUAAAAGCGUCUGCUAAAUGGCAUAUUAUUAUAUAUUAUAUUAUGAGGUUCUGGCACUAACCUGGGAACCAAGUUGAUGAGGUUCUGGCUUCUAACCUGGGAACCAAGUUGAUGAGGUUCUGGCACUAACCUGGGAACCAAGUUGAUGAGGUUCUUGCACUAACCUGGGAACCAAGUUGAUGAGGUUCUGGCACUAACCUGGGAACCAAGUUGAUGAGGUUCUGGCACUAACCUGGGAACCAAGUUGAUGAGGUUCUUGCACUAACCUGGGAACCAAGUUGAUGAGGUUCUGGCACUAACCUGGGAACCAAGUUGAUGAGGUUCUGGCACUAACCUGGGAACCAAGUUGAUGAGGUUCUGGCUUCUAACCUGGGAAUCAAGUUGAUGAGGUUCUGGCUUCUAACCUGGGAACCAAGUUGAUGAGGUUCUGGCUUCUAACCUGGGAACCAAGUUGAUGAGGUUUUGGCUUCUAACCUGGGAACCAAGUUGAUGAGGUUCGGGCUUCUAACCUGGGAACCAAGUUGAUGAGGUUCUCGCACUAACCUGGGAACCAAGUUGAUGAGGUUCCUGCACAACGACUGGAUGAACCAAGUGCCCUUACUCUUUUCUCUGAAAGAGGAAAAGUGAGGGACGGUGGCCAUGCCCAGAAGGAAGUCGGCAUCAGAGGGAAUGGAAUCUCUGGGUACCACUGCAUCAGUGCAGAUAGAGCUGGUGGUGGUAGAGCCAUCAGUGCCUGGGCAAUCGGACUGGAUGAACACUGGCUGUUGUUCCUUGGUGCCCUGACAGGCCUGGAUAAAGAACAGCUUGGGCUUUCCCCUCAGUGAGCUGCACUCCAGUCCAGCGAAGGGCUCUGUGAGCUCCCUGACUCUGACCUCCAGCCCGUCCACCCCGUAAACACCUCCCUCCAGCCCGUGGCUCAGAACGCAGCACACCAGGCAGUCCAUCUGGCUGUGGUCGCGGCUUCGUAG